UCACUCAAAUUCAAAAUCCCCAAAUCUCUGAAACCCUAACCUUCUCUUCCCCUACCUCUCCGCCAUGGCUGACACUGCAAUUUCCGAGAUCCCCAACACCAGGAAGUCCAGGAAGCCGCUGAAGGCCAAGACCCCAUCGACGAACGAAGCCAACAUCCUGGCCGGAAUUGUGUCCGAGGCCGCCGUUCCGAGCCCGAUUCCAACAGAUCCAGUGAAGGAGAACCACGAGAGCCUCUCGAAGUCUCGAACUUCGCCCAAGAAAGCCGCCAAGGCCUCAAAGAAGCAGUCGAAAGCGAAGGAGACGGCGCAGUCGAGCUUCGAGAAGGACUUACAGGAGAUGGAGGAGAAGCUUCGGGCUAUGAGGCUGGAGAAGGAGAAGACGGAGGAGCUUUUGAAGGAGAAGGAUGAGAUCUUGAAGAUCAAGGAGGAGGAGCUCGAGUCGAAGGGAAGGGAACUCAAGAAGUUGCAGAAAUUGAAGGAGUUCAAGCCUACCAUGGCACUCCCAGUUAUUCCGUCACAGAAAGACAAGAAGAAGAAGGGUGGGCCUGAAAUGAAAAGGCCGUCGCCUCCUUAUGUCCUAUGGUGCAAGGAUCAGUGGAAUCAGGUCAAGCAAGAGAACCCAGAGGCGGAGUUUAAGGACAUAUCAGCCAUUUUGGGGGCUAAGUGGAAGAAUGUCACCGCGGAAGAGAAGAAGCCUUAUGAAGAGAAGUACCAAGCUGAGAAGGAAGCCUAUUUGCAAGUGAUGGCUAAAGAGAAACGUGAGAGUGAGGCGAUGCACUUGUUUGAGGAGGAGCACAAGCAGAAGACAGCUAUGGAGCUGCUUGAACAGUACAUGCAAUUCAAACAAGAAGCAGAAAAGGAUAACAAGAAGAACAAGAAAGAAAAGGAUCCAUUGAAACCCAAGCAGCCAAUGUCUGCGUUCUUCCUGUUCUCAAACGAGAGGCGAGCAGCCCUGAAUGCACAGAAAAUAAAAUCUGUUCUGGAGGUUGCAAAGAUCACCGGUGAAGAAUGGAAGAAUAUGACAGAGGACCAAAAGGGUCCAUAUGAAGAGAUGGCAAAGAAGAACAAGGAUAAGUAUAUGCAAGAAAUGGAGGUUUACAAGCAACAGAAGGAAGAGGAAGCUGCCAUUCACAUGAAGGAAGAGGAAGAGAUGAUGAAACUUCAGAAGCAUGAAGCCUUCCAAAUGCUCAAGAAGAAGGAGAAGACAGAGAACAUAAUCAAGAAAACAAAAGAGAUUGAGAAGAAGAAGAAGGAAGAAAAGAAGGUUGUUGAUCCCAACAAGCCUAAGAGGCCUGCAUCCUCAUACAUUCUGUUCAGCAAGGAAGCAAGGAAGAAUCUGAUGGAGGAGAGACCUGGAAUCAAUAACUCCACCAUAACUGCUCUUAUUUCAGUCAAAUGGAAGGAAUUGAAUGAGGAAGAGAGAAAGGUGUAUAAUGACCAGGUUGCUGAAGCAAUGGAGGCUUACAAGAAGGAACUGGAGGAAUACAACAAGUCUGUUGCAGCGUCCAUCCAAGACUGAAGGCAAUGUUCAAGUGCUAAUGAUGAUCAUUUAGAGUAGUGAAAGCCCAUCAUUUUGAUGGCAUCAGCUGAUGAAUCUAUCUGUAGUGUAAUUCUCAUUUUU